AUGGGGAACGCCGUGGUAAACGAGUUCGCGCAAGGUUUACAACCUUCACCGCCCAAGAAGAAGGGGCGGUCGUCCAACAUGGUCUUGGUCGCUGGGCACAUCCGCAAGGCCACCAAAAAAGGGGAGGAGCCUGAGGAUCGGCGCGUCGAGAUCUGGGUGCAGGCAGAGAAAGACGCCACCGUCGGCUGGGCGGCAGUCUGA